UUCCAACUGAACCUUAGAGUCAAGAAUCUCAAGACUUUGUGUGCCGGGGAAUCGUUAGCGCGAAUUCUCUAUCAGUACUGGUUUCCCAAUCGGAUCAAGGAUUUGGACAGAUUUGCUAAUCAUAUACUCUCCUAUGGCUCGGAACUGGAUGCAGACCAUCCUGGUUUCACUGAUUUGAAAUACAGAGCUCGGCGUAAAUAUUUUGCAGACUUGGCUUAUAAUUACAACGGAGAGAAAUUGCCAUACAUUGAAUAUACGGAACAUGAGGUUGAGACUUGGGGAAAGGUAUUCAACAAUUUGAUUAAACUAUACCCAACACAUGCGUGUCACGAACACAACCAUAUAUUCCCACUUAUGAUUGAGAACUGUGGCUAUAGAGAGGAUAAUAUCCCNGAGGUUGAGACUUGGGGAAAGGUAUUCAACAAUUUGAUUAAACUAUACCCAACACAUGCGUGUCACGAACACAACCAUAUAUUCCCACUUAUGAUUGAGAACUGUGGCUAUAGAGAGGAUAAUAUCCCACAACUCGAGGAUGUGUCCAACUUUCUAAAGGACAGCACCGGAUUUACUUUAAGACCAGUGGCAGGACUUUUGAGUUCCCGGGACUUUUUGGCCGGACUUGCAUUCCGAGUGUUUCAAACCACUCAAUACAUACGACACCCCUCUAUGCCGUUAUACACACCGGAGCCGGACGUGUGUCACGAGUUGUUAGGUCACGCGCCCCUCUUCGCUGACCCCAGUUUCGCCAAAUUCUCGCAAGAAAUAGGUUUGGCCUCUUUGGGGGCACCCGACGAGUACAUCGAGAAGUUGGCCACUUGUUACUGGUUUACCAUUGAGUUUGGACUUUGCAAACAGAACGGAGAGGUUAAGGCUUACGGCGCCGGACUGUUGUCCAGUUUUGGGGAAUUAGAGUACUGUCUGAGUGGUAAGCCACAGAUAAAGCCAUUUGAUCCGUAUGUGACCGGAGAUCAAAAGUAUCCGAUAACCCAAUACCAACCCAUCUAUUUCUUGGCCGAGAGCUUUGAUGACGCCCAACAAAAACUCAGAGAAUUCGCGCUAACGAUUCCCCGGCCUUUUACUGUUCGCUACAACCCUUACACACAAAGUCUUGAGAUUCUUGACUCUAAGGUUCAGUUGGAAUCUGUGGCCAGAAGUAUACAAGGUGAAGUGCAACUGCUUAUGGAUGCCAUGACAAAGAUGUCAAAGAUUCAUUAAGGGACACAGUGCACUAUAUUUAAUAUUGUAUAUCAUACACUGCACUGACCACUUUUAUAUUCUUUAUUCUUAAGAUUUCAAUAUAAUUUUUAUUAAAACAGUUUUAAGUUUUUAUUUUAUAUGAUACCGUAUUAUCAAUUCAAAAUUUUAAACCCAAUGACUAAUUAAA